CAAAGUGCCUUGCAUUGCAUUGUACUGUGUACAUGUAUCCUUCUCACAAACGGCAUAUUCCAAGCUAUAUAUAUAGUAUACAUGUCAACUUCUCCCACUACUUUCAAUUUUCCUUCUCUACUACUUUUUCAAAAUCAGUUUGUUAUUCUUAAAUCUUAAAAAUCUCAAAAUUUCCACAAAACCCAUUUUCAAGUUCAAUCUCCGGAUUCGGUCUCUCCAACCAAUUAUCUCCACAAUCCUCGUUUCUCUCCCUCAAUUCUCGAUUACCCAUUUCUCAAAAAAAAAAAAAAAAAAGAAAAAGAAAAAAAAGAAAAGAACUCUCUCUCUUUCUCUACUGUUGUGGAGACUGUUGGUUUUUCUUGUCUUCUGAAAAACAAUGGUGGUGAAGAAGAUAAUGAGAUGGCCGCCAUGGCUAUGGUCGAAGAAAUUAGAAGUAAUGUUGUCGGUUAGAGGGCUUGAAGGGCCGAAUUUGGGAGAGAAAAGGGAGUUAUUCUUUUUUGUUGACGUUCAGUGGAAGGGACAAAAAGGCAUGGCUUUAGGACCUUUGAGACGGUCGACAAAGAAGAAUCUGACCAAAGAAUACUGUGUUGGCGAUCGGGGAGUGGUGGAUUUUGAUGAGGAGUUUCGAAACGUCUGUAGUUUCUCGGGUCCCAAGGAAGGUCUGUUUUAUCCAUGGGAGCUUGCAUUUACAGUCUUCAAUGGUGUGAACCAAGGAUUGAAGAACAGGGCUCCUAUUUUUGGAACUGCAUUAUUGAACCUAGCAGACUAUGCUUCUGUUACUGGGGGAAAGGAGUUUGCUCUAAAAAUUCCUAUUAAUGUCAAUGGUUGCACCUCAGAUUCUUGUCCCUCGCUCAUCAUAUCUCUCAGACUAUUGGAAGUGAGAACUGCUCAAGAUGUUUUGGGGACAGUCCAGGGAUCGACAUCACCUCUUCCGCUGUCACCGCGCUCUUUGGAAGCUCCCUCAACACCUAAAUAUGAGUUAUCUGCUUUUAAGGCAGGUUUGAGAAAGGUGAAAACAUUUACAGAUUUUGUGUCAGCUCGAAAAGCAAAAAAGACACGCCAUGAAGAAGAUGGAAGUGAUGGUAGGAGUUCUAUUAGAAGUGAGGAUGCUCCGUGCCAUUAUCCAUUUGACACAGAUUCGCUUGAUGACGAUGCUGGGGCAGAGUCCGACGGAAGCAAGGAUGGUUUUGGUGCUAGGCGCUCAGUUAGUUACGAAACAUUAGCGCUCGCAAACUGUGCUCAAGGAUCAUUUUACUCGAACACCAAUGUUAACGGUGAAGAUGAGUGUUUGAUCUAUUAUAGUAACCGUAAGUCUGAUGUACGUUGCUCGCAUAUAGAAGAUUCUAGUUCAACACUCUCUGAAGAGAUCUCGCAGCGCAGUUUAAAGCGCACUAUCCUACCAUGGAAGAAGAGGAAAAUUAACUUCAGCAAAUCUCCUAAAGGCAAAGGGGAGCCUCUUCUGAAAAAGCAUUAUGGAGAAGAGGGUGGGGACGAUAUUGAUUUUGAUCGUAGGCAGCUUAGUUCCACCGAUGAAUCCAGUUUGAGGUGGCGAGAUGGUUCCACGACUAAUCGAUCAUCACUUUCUGAAUUCGGGGAUGACAAUUUUGCUGUGGGCAGUUGGGAGAGCAAGGAAGUAAUGAGCCGGGAUGGGCUUAUGAAGCUCCAGACACAGGUAUUUUUUGCAUCAAUUGAUCAAAGAAGUGAGCGUGCUGCCGGAGAGAGUGCAUGUACAGCCCUGGUUGCUGUCAUUGCUGAUUGGUUGCAAUCCAACCAAGAUGAGAUGCCCAUCAAGUCUGAAUUUGAUGGCUUGAUCCGAGAUGGAUCGUCAGAGUGGAGAAAUAUCUGUGAGAACAAGGACUGCAUAGAGCGGUUCCCCGAUAAACACUUUGAUCUCGAGACUAUCCUGCAAGCUAAAAUUCGUCCGCUCACCGUGGGUCAUGAGAAAUCCUUCAUUGGUUUCUUCCAUCCUGAAGGACUCCAAGAAGGGGAAUUUGACUUCCUUCAUGGCGCCAUGUCAUUCGAUAGCAUAUGGGAUGAGAUUAGCCGUUCUGCAUCGGACUUACCAUGCAAUGAUGAAUCUUCCACCGUAUAUAUUGUUAGCUGGAACGACCAUUUCUUUGUCCUAAAAGUAGAACGCGAUGCUUACUACAUAAUCGACACUUUGGGUGAGAGGCUUUUUGAGGGGUGUAAUCAGGCUUAUGUUCUAAAGUUUGACAAAGACGCAACAAUCUGUAGAUUGCCGAAAGAGACUAAACAAACAUCGGAUGAGAAACCUACCACUCAUAACGGACAGGCAAAAAAUGAUAAGGAAAACACUCAUAAGGGACGGGCAAAAGAUGAUAAGGAAACUAAAGCUGAAGGGGUUCCUAUAGAAGGCAAGAUUGAGAAGGCAAACGAUGAAAAAGAAGAGGAAAUUGUAUGCAAAGGCAAAGAGUCAUGCAAAGAGUACAUUAAGAGCUUCUUGGCUGCAAUUCCUAUAAGAGAAUUGCAGGCUGAUUUCAAGAAGGGCUUGAUGACGUCAACCCCGAUUCAUCACCGGUUACAGAUUGAAUUUCAUCACACUAAGUUACUGCAGCCUGCAGCCGAAUGUUCAGCGAAUGAAGUCACUGCUGAAGCACCAGCAAUGGCAAUGGAAAUGGCGGUGGCGGUGGCAGUGGCAGUGGCAGUGGCAGUUGCAUAGGGUGAACCGUCUUGUCAUUUCUAUUAACUGUCGUUAUCCUAAUUAAUUUGCUUCUCUCGUUUUCUUCUGUUGUCUUUGUAGAGGCAAAUGGGUCAAAACUGAGAAAAGCUUAUUUGAGCAGUGUAUAGGGGCGCUUUCACUUCUACUUGUAAGUUCAAGAAGUGUAAGCCACUUUUUCAUUUUCCAAGUUUUGGUAAAUUGGGUUUGUUUUUGGAAUUUUUUCCAUUUGGUCUUUUUCCAUCUCUAAUAGGGAUGAAAAUGUAAUAGAAAAUAGGACUGCUAACUUUUUUUAGAACCUC